GAGGGCGCAGAAGUGUAGAGAUUUAUCCGACAGCCAAUCAUGUACUUCUGACAGCGUGACACUGGGGCAGGGGGAGACGACCACGGAAUCCAUUUGGGACAAGACCAUAGAGAAGGAUAGAGGCCUCUAGUGGCAAACAAAUAUAUAUUAGGAUGGGAAGCGCCAUUGAGGGCUUCCACCAUUGUAAUGAAGUCAACUGGGUGGGACUUCCAACUUCAUUGAAUGAUCCCGCAUGGUGACUCUGUUAGCGUCAUGUCCAACCGGACGGAUCAGCCAAUCAUGAAGAAGAAAAUGUACUACUUCAAAAUUGAGAUUGACAGCAUCGGCAGGGCAGGCAGACGCAAAAUGGCACAGAUGAGUCAUCUAUCUAGCUUUAUGGACGAGACAAUAGUUGCAAGUUCAAAGAGUAAUUUGCAUGGUUUGAGUAGAGUUUUCUGUGAAAAUGGUAUCGGCCGCGUUUAAAGAAACCCAAUCUCUCUUUACUCCAGUGACGGUUUAUUCUCUGCUGGCCUGCGCCACUCAGUUCGUCGUGGGAUACAUCCUCGCGCAGAUAUGGGGAAGAAAAUGCUCUGGAACUGAUAGAUGGGUGCUCGUGUGGCUUUUCUACGACGCAAUUGUUCACAUUACUUUGGAAGGACCCUUUGUUUACAUGUCACUUGUUGGAACCGUGGCAACUUCAGACAAUAUUUUUGCUGAACUUUGGAAGGAGUAUGGAAAGGCAGAUGAGCGCUGGCUCCACUCUGACCCCACCAUCGUCUCCUUGGAGUUGCUGACGGUGGUCCUGGAUGGCAUCCUGGCGCUGGUGCUUGUCUAUGCCAUCGUCAAGGACAAACACUACAGGCACUUUGUCCAGAUCACGUUGUGUGUGUGUGAGUUGUACAGAGGCUGGGUGACCUUCUGUCCAGACAGGCUGGCAGGCAGCCCCAACCUCAAAUCAGACCACUGGCUCUACUUAUGGAUCUACCUGGUCUUCUUCAAUGGGGUGUGGGUGGUGGUGCCUGGACUGCUGCUGUGGCAAUCGUGGCUGUCACUCAAAUGACUUCACCUCUCCUAC